CCAGAACGCGCGGGGAGGGCGGGCAACCGCUGCCGGAGGCGGGGCCUGCCGCCAGCCACUCGGAGGGCGCGAUCGUGAUCCCGUUACUUCACUGGGUAGGCCGGCGGGAAAACCCGAGCUCGCGCCCAGCUUACGAGAGCGCGCAGAGGGCUGGGAGGCUGUCUUUGGGUUUGGGGGCAAUGAGGUUGCGCUCUCUUGGAGGGAUUGUUACGGCAGGUGGGGUGGAAGUUUCUUCAGAUAGUGGCCAGCCAGGUCUCCCUCAGUUUAGUGGCUGGACGGCCCUGAUUCCUUCAGUUCGAGGGAUGAAGUGGAUGGGUUUCCCUCUUUUGGGGAAAGCAGAGAGAUGGGCUCCUUUCAAUUUAGAAGUGAAAAUAGAUUACACUCAGUUUGAAGGGAGAGGUGGAAUCAUUCCCUUUUAGCUGGGGGAAGAAGAGGGGCGGGUGCCCCUCAGUUCUGGGAAAAGGAUGAGAUGACUCAGUUUGAGGGGGAGUAGAACAUGUUUCCCUCAGUCUUGGGGAAGAAAUGGGGUCAGCUUGAAUGAAAAGUGGAGACGGUCCUCCUCAGUUUGGGGCAAGACAAGCCGAAUGCCCCUUAGAGUUUGGGGAAAAGUUGGGUGGAUCCCUCUUAGUUUGAAGGGAAUCGAUAGGCUGGGUUUUUCAUAGUUUAGGGAAAGAAGAUAGUUCCCUUAAAUUUCAUGGAAAAGGUGAGAAGACUUCCCCGUAGUGUAAGGGAAAGAGAAGCUGGGUGCCCCUCGGUUUGGGAGAGAAAGAGGAACAAGCCUCCUUCUCAGCCUGGAAUGAGCUGCGCCCAGUCUGGGCCUUGGAGUUUCUGGGGACAUUGGGGACUGCGUAGACCAUCACGGCUUUCUGGGAGCGCCCAGUGCGCGUGCGCAGCUCUGGUCUGGGCGGGGGCCCGAAGGGGGUCCUAGGCUCCGGAGGGCGGCGCGGAAGGCGGCGGCGCACUGCCCCCUGCUGUCUGCACGUGGCAGCGCCGGAGCCCGAGGCCUCAGUAUCAGGGGUCUGCUGCUUGCCGCCGGGCGGCACCUGCGUUGGAGGAGACGCGCCCCUCCCGCCUGGACACCGCUCCCCGGGAGACCCCUGCCCCUCCCGCAGCGGGCUGCCGCCUCCGGCGAGUGGGAUGCGGGGGUGCCCCUGGAGGGCUGUGGCCGCUUACAGCUCUGAAUCCGGGUCGGGGGAGGUUUGGGGAAGGUUUGGGGGAGCGGACUCGAGGGAGUAGGUUGCGGGACUUGAGGGAGGGCUGCACUGGGGAAUUUCCAGUGCUGAGACUGGUUUAGAGGGGAGGAGUAGGGGUCCAGAGUACGGACGCCUGGGGCAGGGUCUCGGAGUCCGGACCCGGCUUGGGGGUAUCGGAGCCGGGAUUGGGGGGAACAGGCCCCACGUGCCUGUGACGCGGGGGCGACCGGUAGGCGGCGGCGGCGACGCGGGGCCGGCGGCUGUGCGGUGCCGGGAGGGCGGCUAGGCAGGCGGCAGGAUGCUGCGCGCCGCACUGCCGCUGCUGGGGCUGCCUCUGGCGGGGGCGGGAGCAACCGAAGAGCCCACCCAGGAGCCGGGGUCGCCGGGCGAGCCUCCCCCAGGGUUGACGCUCUUCCGCUGGCAGUGGCACGAGGUGGAGGCACCCUACCUGGUAGCCCUGUGGAUCCUGGUGGCCAGCCUGGCCAAAAUCGUGUUUCACUUGUCUCGGAAGGUGACAUCUCUGGUCCCUGAGAGCUGCCUGCUGAUUUUGCUGGGCCUCGUGCUUGGGGGCAUUGUCUUGGCUGUGGCCAAGAAAGCUGAGUACCAGCUAGAGCCAGGCACCUUCUUCCUCUUCCUGCUGCCUCCUAUUGUGCUGGACUCUGGCUAUUUCAUGCCUAGCCGGCUGUUCUUUGACAACUUGGGUGCCAUCCUCACCUAUGCCGUGGUGGGCACACUCUGGAAUGCCUUCACAACAGGCGCUGCCCUCUGGGGCCUGCAGCAGGCUGGACUUGUGGCCACUAGAGUGCAGGCUGGCUUGCUGGACUUCCUGCUGUUUGGGAGCCUCAUCUCAGCAGUGGACCCUGUGGCUGUGUUGGCUGUCUUUGAGGAGGUGCAUGUCAACGAGACUCUCUUUAUCAUCGUCUUUGGCGAGUCCCUGCUCAAUGAUGCAGUCACCGUGGUGCUGUACAAGGUCUGCAACUCCUUUGUGGAGAUGGGCUCUGCCAAAGUACAGGCCACUGACUACCUGAAGGGAGUCGCCUCCCUGUUUGUGGUCAGUCUGGGCGGGGCAGCCGUGGGCUUAGUCUUUGCCUUCCUCCUGGCCCUGACCACACGCUUCACCAAGCGGGUCCGCAUCAUCGAGCCACUGCUGGUCUUCCUCCUCGCCUACGCAGCCUACCUCACUGCUGAAAUGGCCUCGCUCUCUGCCAUUCUUGCGGUGACUAUGUGUGGCCUUGGCUGUAAGAAGUAUGUGGAGGCCAACAUCUCCCAUAAGUCACGCACAGCUGUCAAAUACACAAUGAAGACUCUAGCCAGCUGCGCUGAGACUGUCAUCUUCAUGCUGCUUGGCAUCUCAGCCGUGGACUCUUCUAAGUGGGCCUGGGAUUCUGGGCUGGUGCUGGGCACCCUCUUCUUCAUCCUGUUCUUCCGAGCCCUCGGCGUAGUCCUGCAGACGUGGGUGCUGAAUCAGUUCCGGCUGGUCCCUCUGGACAAGAUUGACCAGGUGGUGAUGUCCUAUGGGGGUCUGCGGGGGGCUGUGGCCUUCGCUCUCGUCAUCCUACUGGACAGGACCAAGGUCCCUGCCAAGGACUACUUUGUGGCCACCACUAUUGUGGUGGUCUUCUUCACAGUCAUUGUGCAGGGUCUGACCAUCAAGCCACUGGUCAAGUGGCUGAAGGUGAAGAGGAGUGAGCAUCACAAACCCACCCUGAACCAGGAGCUGCAUGAGCACACUUUUGACCACAUUCUGGCUGCAGUGGAGGACGUUGUGGGGCACCAUGGCUAUCACUACUGGAGGGACAGGUGGGAGCAGUUUGACAAGAAGUACCUGAGUCAGCUGCUGAUGCGGCGGUCAGCCUACCGCAUCCGGGACCAGAUCUGGGAUGUGUACUACAGACUCAACAUCCGGGAUGCCAUCAGCUUUGUGGACCAGGGGGGCCACGUCUUGUCCUCUACAGGGCUCACUCUGCCCUCUAUGCCCAGCCGCAAUUCUAUGGCAGAGACCUCUGUCACUAACCUGCUGAGGGAGAGUGGCAGUGGAGCGUGUCUGGAUCUGCAGGUGAUUGACACAGUACGCAGUGGCCGGGACCGUGAGGAUGCUGUGAUGCACCAUCUGCUCUGUGGAGGCCUCUACAAGCCACGCCGCAGGUACAAAGCCAGUUGCAGCCGCCACUUCAUCUCGGAGGAUGCGCAGGAGCGGCAGGACAAGGAGAUCUUCCAGCAGAACAUGAAGCGGCGGCUGGAGUCCUUCAAGUCCACCAAGCACAACAUCUGCUUCACCAAGAGCAAGCCACGACCCCGCAAGGCUGGCCGCAAGAAGAAGGAUAGCGUGGCUAACACUGAGACUACAAAUGGGAAACCUCCUCGAGACCCGGGCUUUCAGGACACAGCUGCUGUGAUCUUAACCGUGGAGUCUGAGGAAGAGGAGGAGAGUGACAGUUCAGAGACAGAGAAGGAGGACGACGAGGGGAUCAUCUUUGUGGCCCGCGCCACCAGUGAGGUUCUUCAAGAGGGCAAGGUCUCAGGGAGCCUUGAGGUGUGCCCAAGUCCACGCGUCAUCCCCCCCUCCCCAACCUGUGCAGAGAAGGAGCUACCCUGGAAGAGUGGGCAGGGGGACCUGGCAGUCUACGUGUCCUCAGAAACCACCAAGAUUGUGCCCGUGGAUAUGCAGACAGGCUGGAACCAGAGCAUCUCGUCCCUGGAGAGCCUGGCCUCCCCGCCUUGUACUCAGGCCCCGACUAUGAACCGCCUGCCUCCCCACCCACUGGCUGCUGAAGAGCCCCAGGCCCCUCUCGACCUGCCUUCCGUUCCACACCCUAGCUUUGCCUUUCCCCCCAGCCUGGCCAAGGCUGGCCGUUCUCGCAGUGAGAGCAGCGCUGACAUCCCCCGGCAGCAGGAGCUGCAGCCCCUCAUGGGACAUGAGGACCACACCCAUCUUAGCCCAGGCACCGCCAAUUCCCACUGGUGUAUCCAGUUCAACAGAGGUGGCCGGCUGUAGCCCAGGGACUUGGGGAGGAGCAGGAGGCCGGAGCCCCUGUGGGAAGUGUUCCCUGAGCAAUGGGCAGAGGAGCCCACUCAACCUGACAUGGGGUCAGAGGGGCCUGGACUGAAGUAGCAACUGGGCUCCCUUGGGGUGGGUCCGAGGGUCUCCUGGGCUGGUCCUCAGAGGGACCCUUUUCCUAACUCCUGCCACCUUCCCUUUCAGUAAGGCCGUCACCCUGGCUCAAGACCCAGUCCAGAGCUUCUAGGGGCUAGUCCUAGAGACUUGGGUAGCUGAUGCCCCUUUCCCAGUGGGGCCUCCUGGGGUCACUAGGCAGCUGUUCUUGCCCCCAAAGCAAAGACAUCAUUCCUCAGCUGAUGCUGGCUUUUCCUGCCCUCCACAUCCUCCCCAGCACCAGCUCAAGGACAGUGCAAUGAGGCUCCUCAAGGGGCUGGUUCUCAGAGGGAUUGGGGUAGGAGGUGAGCAGGCCUCAACCUUGGGCUUUGCUACCCUGUUGGGUCAGCUAUCCAUAGCCAGUUUUUUUUAGGGCAGUAGGAAUCUGUCUACACUUGCUUUAUCUCCUUCCCUUUCCUGACAGUUAUUGGGGGGAUAGUUCCUUCUUUUCCAGGACCAAGGCUGCAGGACUGGGCCAACCUUCAGAUCAGGGUUGCUUCUUAGCCAGGGUCACUCGGGCUCUGCUGCUCUGAGUGCAAGUCUGGGUCUUGUCUUUCAGAUCCUUGGGUCUGGGUUUUCUGAGGAAGGAGACAAAGGCCUCUGGGCUCCCAUGUUACCACUUUGACAUUCCCCAAACAGGGAAGGAACCAGGUAUCCUAGGGCCACUGCUCCACUGCUCUGGGAGCUGGGAUGCCUGGCUGCAGUGGUAAGGGGGCUGACUGGGUGGCAGGUGACUUUCCUGGGGUUAGCAGGUGCACCUGUGUUUUGUACCUUGUACCUAAGAUACAUUAAACAUCUCUUGGAUGGA